AGGAAAUGCAAAAAGUAUAGAUGAUCAUCAAAACUGGACAAGACUGAUAGCACUGGUAAGCAGAUAACAUGCGCAGUAAUGCAAUGCCCCCCAAAGCGCUACGAUUCACUGCCUCUCGAUGGCAAGAAUUCCUGCAUCGCACUACGCGCUCCGAUUACCUCGGCGUUAUGCCGUUAACAGUCUUUACAAGUCGUUCAGAACACCCUUGCCAUACUUCCUCCCUUCGGACGAUGCUAAAGACUGGUCACAAUAUCGAGGCACCGGUUCCGAGGCUGUAACUGCCCUGAGUGUAAGAAAGUCAGGAUGAACGAUUUACACGAAGUAAAUUUAACCUUUAUAGUGCAAAGAACGUAUGGAUAUAAAAAUCCGGCCAAUACCAUAUAUUUUGUAUGUACGAAUAAGACCGCCGAGAGUUGGUGAUUGGUCGGCUUCAAAUGCUGACCGUCUUCUGAGCUUCAAUUGUUUUAUACAAUUGCUACGAAGACAGAAAUCAACUAUGAAAACGACGUUGCCGCG